CGCGGAUGGUAGUGGAGGCUGGCGUUACGCCAAAGUCGCUGUGAAGCGGAAAAACCCAGUUCUGUGCAGGCUGCCCAGCACGCGGCUCAGGGUUCGGCAGGGCAGGUGUGAAGAGAAAAAAAAUGACAUUCCAAUGGGCGGCAGUUGCAACCUUUCUCUAUGCUGAAAUAGGACUCAUUUUAAUCUUCUGUCUACCUUUUAUUCCUCCUCAGAGAUGGCAGAAGAUUUUUUCAUUUAAUAUCUGGGGUAAAAUUGCAACCUUUUGGAACAAGGCUUUUCUUACUAUUAUAGUCCUAUUGAUUGUUCUGUUUCUAGAUGCUGUGAGAGAAGUAAGGAAAUAUUCCUCUGUUACUACUGUUGAAAAGAGCUUACCCAGCAGACCUGGUGCCCAUGAACAUACACAGAUGAAACUUUUUAGGUCUCAAAGAAAUCUUUACAUUUCUGGAUUUUCAUUAUUUUUUUGGCUAGUGCUGAGACGUCUGGUUACCCUUAUUACUCAGUUGGCAAAAGAACUAUCAAACAAAGGAGUACUUAAAACUCAAGCAGAAGAUACUAACGAGGCUGCCAAAAAAUUCAUGAAAGAGAAUGAGAAACUAAGACAGCUCUUGAAAGGCUAUAACAAGGAAGAAGAACACCUUUUGCAAGCACAAAACGAAAAACUGGUAGAAGACCAGGAAAAACUGAAAACUGAAUUAAAGAAGACUUCAGAUGCCCUUUCUAAGGCACAAAAUGACCUGAUGACAGUGAAGAUACAAUCAGAGAAUCUUUCAAAAGAAUAUGACCGUCUCCUAAAAGAACACUCAGAACUUCAGGGUCGUCUGGGGAAAGGCAACAAGAAAGGCCAGUGAACUGUACGAAAGAAGAUUACAGCACACAUGUCAAGAUAAUGAAUUUGUGAUCAUGUUAGCCUCUAGAAAAUUUAAGUAAUUUUCAGUCCAGAAAAAUGAACUGUGACCAGCCAGUAUUUUUGAAAUGUCAUACACAAUGGCAUCAUCACAAUAUUUGAUGAUGUUUUAUACAUGUUGUACAGUAUUCUGGCUCUUAAAUAAAAUAUAAGCAUGUUGCACACAAUAAUUAUAUAUUCAUAGUAACACUGGUACAUGGUGGUUGUUCACCAAUAGAAGGAAAAAUUCAUUAGCCAGUUUCUUCCAAAAUUAGAAUUUUAAGUUGCAUAAAACCAUUUAUAGCCUUUAAAAGCUUUGAUGAGUUUCCACUACUAAUAAUCUAAUUCAUAUGAUGAUAAUGAUUAUAUAUUUGAAUAUAGUAUCCAGUACCAGCAAAUUUGUUCAUAGGGAUAUUAAAUAAGGGUAAGUGAUCAGAAUUUGCCACUAUAUUAAUAGGGAAGAGUCAGAAAGUGCAAAAAAUAUAAACAAUGUCCUUAGGCUUUUUAAGUCAGAUGAUACUAUGGUCUACUCUCAUGAGACAACUGUAUUUAUAAUUUUUGUUACUGUACUUCUGCAACUGUUGGACUGUUUUUGUUGACAUUUGUGUUAACAUAAUAAGUGUUCAACCUUUUAAAAGUUUAUCUAGGAAUGGAGUUUACAUCUAUUUGCAUUAACUGUUAGAGCACUGAACUGAAAUUAUUUUACAAUAAUGAGGAAUUCUUGACUCAGAAAGUUAAUGUACAACAUAUUUUAAAAAAACAAGUAUUUCCCAUUGCUGUGAGAGUUACUAAUUAUACAGAUAAUACCUCAAAUAUAUAUACACUGGUGUCACAGUUUUUCUGAGAUGUUUCUGUAAUCUGAAAACUAAAUAAUAAAAAAUAUUUUUUCAUUCAAAUAUUCAUUUAGAGUUUUCUUUAGAAGAUGAUAAUUAUUACAACAUUAAUAUGCUGUAGGUUGUUCUAGUGUUUAGACAUCAAAAUUAUCUUCCACGCCUCAUAAAAACCUAAAUAUAAGAGAAUAUGGAGCCCUGGCUGGGUCACUCAAUUGAUUAAGAUGUUGUUCCAAUACACCAAGGUGUUGUGGGUUUAAUCCCUAGUCAGGGCACACAAAAGAAUCAACCAAUGUUCCCAAUACCAUUUAUUGAAGAGACUUUAUUCCAUUGAAUGCUCUUGCCUCCUUUGUCAAAUAUUAACCAUAAAGGCAUGCUUUUAUUUCUUGGCUUUCUGUUCUAUUUUAUUGAUCUUUAUGCCUAUUCUUAUUCCAGUACCAGGCUGUUUUGAUUACAGUGGCCUUGUAGUAUAGUUUGAUAUCAGGUAUUGUGAUACUUCCAGCUUUGUUGUUCUUUCUCAAGAUUGCUGAGGCUAUUGGGGUCUUUUUUUGUUUCAUAAAUUUUUGGAAUAUUUGUUCUAGAUCUGUGAAAUAUGUCAUUGAUAUUUUAACAAGAAUUGCAUUGAAUCUGUAUAUUGUUUGGGGUAGUAUGGACAUUUUAAUGAUGCUAAUUCUUCCAAUUUAUGAACGUGGGAUAUGCUUCCACUUGUAUGUUCAAUUUCUUUCUUAAAUGUCCUAUAGUUUUUGAAGUACAGGUCUUUUGCCUCCUUCAUUUUAUAUAUAUGUGUGUGUAUAAAAUAUAUAUGUAUGUAUAUACAUAUACAUGUAUUUACAUACAUAUAUAUGUAUAUAAAUAUAUAUACAUACAUAUAUGUAUGUAUGUAUGUGUAUAUAUAUAUAUUCCUAAGUACUUUAUUAUGUUUUUGCUGCAGUAGUGAAUGGGAUUGUCUUCUUAGUUUCCCUUUCUGAUAUUUCAUUCUUGGUAUAUAAAAAUGCAACUGAUUUCUAAUAUUAAUUUUGUUUCCUGCUACUUUGCCAAAUUCAUGCAUUAGAUCUAGUAUUUUGUGUGUGUGUGGAGGCUUUAGGGUUUUCUAUGUACAGUUUCAUGUCAUCUGUAAACAUUGACAGAUUUACUUCUUUCUAUCCAAUUUGGAUGCAUUUUAAUUCUUAUUUUUGUCUGAUCAUUAUGGCUAAGACUUCCAGAGUGGUGAAAGCUGACGUCCUUACCUUGCUCCUGAUCUUAAGGGAAAUGUGUUUAGUUGCCCAUUGUUUAGUUGCCCAUAAUGUUUGCUGUAGGUUUGUAUAUAUGUCCAUUACUGUGUAGAGGAGUGAUGCAUCUAUUCCCACUUUGCUGAGAGUUUUUAUCAUAAAUAGGUGCUAAAUUUUAUCAAAUGGCUUUCUGCAUCAAUAUAAUCAUGAUUUUUAUCUUUCAUUUUGUUUGUGAUGCACGACAUUUACUGACUUGCAAAUAUUGUACCAACCUUGUAUUCACAGAAUAAAUCCCACUUGACCAUG